AUGUCGGACGAGAACGUUUCUCGGAGUCCGACUUCGCCCCUCACAACGACAAGCAACACUAGCAGGAAGCAGACCAUUUCGUCAUCGGGAACGACAGCUUCACCAGCGCCCUCGGGGCACUCCUUUAAACGCGCCGUGACGGUAGACGAGACAUCUCAGGUGCGCCGGCGGCCACCUUUCAGCCAUAUCCCAACAGAGAACUCAUUCGCCGAGAGAGGCCUUGGGAGGAGGAGGAGCUCGACCUUGUCGGAUUAUAGCUUUGGCGAUGCGAGAGAUUUUCUCAACCCCAGACCUGGAGACGGUGUGCCAUCAACAUCGACUGACGAACUGUCCAACUGGGCCUCGAUUCCUUUGGCGUUUGCACUCUUACCCGCGGUCGGUGGCCUGCUUUUCAAGAAUGGCAGCGCCGUUGUGACGGACGUCAUGUUGCUGGGCUUGUCGGCCGUGUUCCUGCACUGGUCCGUGACACAUCCAUGGAAUUGGUACCACUCGGCCCAAGCAGUACGAGAGCGGGCAGAGAUCAGCACGAGCGCCGUCAUUGACGAUGAGAGCGAGACGGAGCAGGUGGUCGGAAGCCCCUCGCCGGCAGCAUCGACGACCAACGGCCACACAACUAACGGAAGCGUCGACGAAGCGUCCGAAGUACCGACAACGCCUACGUCUUUUGUACAGGAACGAGUACGCAAGGCGACGGCGCCAAGAAACAAGAAGGAGGACGCAUUGGCUGAGCUAUGGGUGCACGAAAUUCUGGCCCUGGUAUCAUGCUUCAUGUUUCCUAUGCUGGGCGCAUAUCUGCUGCAUGCCAUUCGCGCGCAGCUUAGUCGGCCCUCGGAGGGCCUGGUCUCUAACUACAACUUGACGAUUUUCCUCUUGGCUGCGGAGGUACGACCGAUUUCGCAUCUCAUGAAGCUUGUGCAGUGCAGGACCAUUCAGCUGCAGCGGGAUGUCCACGUAAAUCCGUACAAGGACGAUGGCGCCACGUCAGAUCAGAUGAGGGUUCUCAUGGCACGGUUGGAAAUGCUGGAGUCACGGCCUGAGCCGACGCCGAUGAAGCACAAUGGAAAUUCGGACAAUUCUAAAAUCAAGCAAGAGGCCGCCAUUGCUCGCGAUGUUCGGAACGCCAUCCAACCCGAUCUGGAUGCGCUGAAUCGGGCGGUGCGGCGAUACGAGAAAAAGGCGACGGUACUUGCCUUCCAGACCGAAUCACGUUUCGCGGCAGUUGAUACCCGCUUGAACGAUGCCAUUGCGCUGGCAGCAGCGGCGGCCAAAAACAGCGUCGCUCGGCCGGGCUUCAUGCAGUGGCUCGUAGAAUCCGUGUGGGCUAUCAUCACGAUGCCCUUCUUCGCGGUGGUCGCUCUGCUAGUACUGCCUUUCAAGACAGUUAGAGGCUUGCUCAAGCGUAAGAAGUCUCUCCCUGAAAGGACAUCAAAGUCUAGUCGAAACGGGAAGGCUAUGGGACACGGGAGAAUGGCGGCAGACAGACAGCCAAGCCGCGUCUCAAAGAGGUGA